ACAGGAGGGACGCGCAACGCGGAUGUCGCUCUGAAUGGUGUUGUAAUAUUUUGCUCCUUAUUUAGGGAGACGGAGGUCCCGGGCUCUCCCGAUCCUUUACAUCGAGAGGCACUUGGAAUUUGGCUCCUGUUCCUGUAGCCUUAAGAUCAAAAGAUGGAAGGGCUCAAGGACUCCGACCUGGGAUCGCUCCUGGCGGCCGCUUGCGGAGUGUACAAAAGGGCUUUUGGAGGGGUAGAUCCCAAGAUUGGGGUGUCAGCACCUGGAAGGGUGAACUUGAUCGGAGAGCACACCGAUUACAACCAGGGCUUCGUGCUGCCGAUGGCCUUGCAUUUGAGAACUGUGAUGGUUGGGAGUCCAAGGCAAGAUGGACUAAUAUCCAUUGUCACAACAGCUGAAGAAGCUGAUGAGCCCAAAAGUGUGCAGUUUCUGGUUCCAGUGGAAGGUGGUGCCUUGAAACCAGGAGAACCUCAAUGGGCAAAUUAUGUCAAGGGGGUGAUCCAGCAUUAUAGGGCUGGCCCCCUCCCGGGCUUUAAUGCGGUCAUAGCCAGUAACAUUCCACUGGGUGGUGGUCUGUCAAGUUCAGCAUCCUUGGAGGUGGCUACCUACACAUUUCUGCAGCAGCUUUGUCAAGAUGAUGGGGAUCCAGUAGCUAAGGCUCUGGCAUGCCAGAAAGCGGAACACACUUUUGCAAUGAUGCCUUGUGGGAUCAUGGACCAGUUCAUCUCUGUGAUGGGGAAGGAGGGCCAUGCUUUGCUGAUAGACUGCAGGUCUCUGGAGACUCAUCUGGUACCUUUGACUGAUUCAAACUUAGUCAUCCUCAUCACCAAUUCCAAUGUACGGCACACCUUGACGGGCAGUGAAUACUCCACACGUAAGCGCCAAUGUGAAGAGGCAGCAAAGGUGCUUGGCAAGGCAAGCCUGAGAGAAGCCAGCAUGUCCAGCUUAGAGGCUUCUAAGGCCCUGAUGAGUGAGGAGGUGUACCGGCGAGCUAGGCAUGUGAUUGGGGAGAUUGAACGCACUACCAAGGCAGCUGAGGCUCUGCAGUCCAGAAAUUACAAGAGAUUUGGGCAACUGAUGGUGGAGAGUCACAAUUCUUUGCGGAAUGACUAUGAAGUCAGUUGUGCAGAACUAGAUGAGCUGGUUGCUGCUGCUUUAGAGGACCCUGGUGUUUACGGCAGCAGAAUGACUGGUGGCGGGUUUGGAGGUUGUACUGUUACUCUCCUUGAAUCCAGUGCAACCAAGAAAGUUGUGAGACACAUUAAGGAAAAAUACAGCAGGACCGCAACUUUCUAUUGCACAAAAGCUUCCGAUGGCACCAAAGUACAUUCUCUACCUUGAAAGAACUUCCAGUCUGUGCAAGGACCUGCUGCCUCUCUGGUUCCAGGGAGCAAGAGAAUUGCUGGGCCCUGAGCCAAUUUGCCUGCCUGAUCUUCUAAGGGAAAACAAAGACCUUGGUUUCUUGUAUAACAGUGAUAAUAAAAGAAAUGCCUUGGCAUUUUUUUUCAUAAAUAUAAUUAAAAAUCCAUUUUGC